CUUCGCCCUUCCUCAUCUCACAAUGCCGACUCUGGGCCCUUCGCUGCUCUUCGCAGCGGGUCUGACCCUCGGCAUCGGCGCGGGUAUCUUCAUCCCGCGCAAGCCUGCCCCCACCCCGCCCGCGACCGCGCCGUUCGUCGCUGCGCCCGAGCAUGCCGGCGAGAAGAGCAAGGCCGUGACCCUCGCCACGCCUUCGGGCCCCGUCGUGCUGGCCGGCGGCUUCCCUGGCCCAACGUUCGACAUCAUCAAGCGCCAGGCGUACACCGCCGCGUACGACCGCGCCAAGAAGCACCCCGCCUGGACCGCCGAGCACCUCACUGCUCAGUCGCUCUCGCGCACCCCACCCACGGGCACCCAGCCUGUCCCCCUCGACACUGCGCGCGCCGCCGACACCCAGCCUGCCAAGACCAAGGGCGACCGCUCCAAGUCCCAGUUCCAGGAAGACGCGAGCAUCCCCGAGCUGUUCCGCGCCAAGCUGUCCGACUACUUCCGUAGCGGCUACGACCGUGGCCACAUGGUGCCUGCUGCCGACGCCAAGAUUUCCCAGCAGGCCAUGGACGAGACCUUCUUCCUGUCCAACAUUGCCCCCCAGGUCGGCGAGGGCUUCAACCGCCACUACUGGGCUUACCUCGAGGACUUCUGCCGCCGCCUCACCUCCAACUUUGAGGACGUGUACGUCUUCACGAUCCCUCUGUACCUCCCCGAGCGCCAGGCCGACGGCAAGUGGCGUGUGUCCUACGAGGUCAUCGGCCAGCCCCCGGCCAUUGGCGUGCCGACGCACUUCGCCAAGGUCAUCCUUGCGUCGCGCCCCGACUUUGCGUACCCCCAGAAGCCGAGCUCGACGGACAAGGGCGUGACCGCGCCCAACUCGGUCAAGGAGCUCGCGAUGGGCGCCUUCAUCCUCCCCAACAAGGAGAUCCCCGACGAGGCCGACCUCCGCAGCUUCAUCGCUCCCGUCGAGGUCGUCGAGCGCGCCGCCGGCCUCCAGCUCUUCAACGAGGAGAUGAAGUACAAGUCACGCCAGCUCUGCGCCGUCACCCAGUGCCAGGUCAUCGUCCGCCGCUUCGACGAUGCGCGCAAGAGCAUCGGUAACGGAAAGGGAGGCAAGUAGGAGAUCAAGUAGUAGCAUUGUCGCAUAUCAUGCAUCAGCAUCAGUCAG